UUUCAGGGGGUCGGGGGGGAAACGUCUAUGACUUGGACACGCUCACCUUUUGGAGGCGGAGAGACUAGAAACGUAGCUUGAUUGUUGUCGAGAGUGUGCGCGUGCGCGGCGCGCACACGUUCACGCGCCCAGCGGGGCAGCCCUCCUCUCCUCUCCUCCUCCUACUCUCUUCCCUCGCGCUGCUGCUCGCGGGGACUCAUCCUCUCACUAUCGUCUAGAGACGGCUGCGACUCCGCACACUCACCGGGAACCCGUCAGCUUCUCCGGGUCAACAGCACAGGUGCGCUAAACUGCGGGCUGCCGCGGAAGGGAAACAGGUCCGCUGUUGUUGCCUCUGUUCCUGGAGCAGGAAGGCGUUCUUCAAGGAGCGCUAAACUUAUCCCGCACCUUUCGGGCCAUACGAGCCAAAGAGCCGACAGGGAACCGAGUUGGCCCGUUCUUUUACUGUGCAAAAAGAUGGCAUCAAACGACGCACGGCUUCAUCAGCCGCCCCCACAGAAAGACGCGGCUGACCUAAACUUUGAUUACAUGUUCAAGUUGCUGAUCAUCGGCAACAGCAGCGUCGGAAAAACCUCCUUCCUGUUCCGCUAUGCAGACGACUCCUUCACCCCUGCGUUUGUGAGCACCGUGGGCAUCGACUUCAAGGUCAAGACUGUAUUUCGCAACAACAAGCGGAUCAAGUUACAGAUUUGGGACACGGCCGGACAGGAGCGCUACCGCACCAUCACUACAGCCUACUACAGAGGAGCCAUGGGCUUUCUGCUCAUUUACGAUGUCACUAACCAGGAAUCCUUUGUUUCAGUGCAGGACUGGGCAUCACAAAUCAAGACGUACUCUUGGGACAAUGCUCAGGUGAUCCUGGUUGGUAACAAAUGUGACCUUGAGGAUGAAAGGGUCAUAGCUACAGAGGAUGGCCAGCGGCUGUCUGAGGAGCUUGGCUUUCAGUUCUUCGAGGCCAGUGCCAAGAGCAACACCAACGUCAAGCAAGUGUUCGAUUGUCUAGUUGACAUCAUCUGUGACAAGAUGAAUGAGACCAUGGAGGCAGAGACCAACCUUACAGCCAACCACAGGAAUCGGAGCCUUAAAGACUCUUCAGAAAGCCAUGGUGCCUGUGCCUGCUAAGCAACGUGCCUUUUUAUAAAGUCUCCAAACACACACACACACUCUGCCCCUCACACGUUUACUGAUAACUCAUAUGAUGAACAGUUUCCACUCUGUGCCUGAACCAUGGAAAGGGCUGCACCUCUCCUCCUGCCUUCUGCUUUGUCCACACAGCUGCACGGCACCCAGAGGACGGCUAACCCAGAUUGUCUCGGUUUGCCCUCUCCAACAGGGCUGCCGUUUCCCGUAAAGAUGUUCACUGUGUCUCUCUGUGCUCCGCUCAUUUUGGUUUCAUAACUUAGAUUUGUGUGCGGAAACCUUCCCAAGUUUCCUUUUUCAAACACAAGCUUCCUUGGCCGACUAGCAUUUAAUAUUUACAGUGCGUAAAGUUUUGGUUUGUGGAUUUUUUUUUUUUUUAAACAAAGAUCAGUAAACAUGGCAGAGUGUAAAGGAAAUUACUGAACACUGAUGUAAUGACCAAAUUUCCUUGGUAUAAAAACUUCAGUAAAAUGUACACAUUCAGCCAAACUUGUACCACAAUAAGAUUUGCUCUACAUUUUAUUGGAUAUGGAUUUUAUGACAGAAAAACUGUGAAACCUCCACAUGUACCAAAGCCACGUUACCUUGUGAAUUUUAACACCUGCAAAAUGUAAGACUUGCAGUGAUUCCAUGAUAUUAUCAUAUAUCUGUGAUUUUUCUUCCAGAAGGGUGGAGCACAUACAAUAAUACGAUAAUAACACAUUGCUCCCAUAAAUGAUGUAUACAUGCAGACGAAUUUGCUGGUACUAUGGUAAAGCUGAUUAUGGAAAAAAUUAAUUCACAGUAGCAUAAAUCCAAUUUUUUUCUACAAUUAUAGAAAAUGUAUUCAGUGUGGAAAAAUAUCAAAUAUUAGAAAAUAAUUAUUUUGAGAAAUGGUUUCAUAAUUAUUGGUCCCCUCAAAAAAAAAUCUCUUUAAAAGAUGAUAGUAGAGUGUUUGGUGUUAUUCAUACUUUACAUUUUAAGGAUAUCAGAGUUUCCGGGAACUUCUAGUUGAUAAUUUAGGACUUUCUGUUUUACUUGGGUAGAAAUUAUACGUGACCCGCGAGUUAAAUUAUUUUAGUCACAGGCCUCUAGUCUGGAACCAUAUUCAUGUUGCCACCACUCACAGCGACCAUGUUGGAAACUUCCUGGGCCAUUAGAUGCCAUCUAAAUGCCAAUUCCAGAGAUAGCUUUUUCCAUCCUAUGAUAAACAAACAUAUGGAAUUGCUCAACCCUAUAGGAUGAGACCAAGUUUCAGCUUUUAAGAAACAAACCCCCUGGUGGGUUUGACCUGUAGUGCAGUUAUUGUAGUUAUUCUAUGUGAGCCUGUUUAGAAUUAAACAUGGGAUUUUUUCCCCACCCCAUUGGAUAAAAAAAAAACUUACUCCAAUAACUCCAGCUGAUUAUAAGACAUUAGAUUUACUGUACAGACAUGCAGUAGUCACCUCCCCUUGUGUGAAAAAGAAAAUGCCAGAUGUCUUCAGCCAUCCAACUGUGCCGUGCUUUCUUCAAGGCCUGUAGUCUGAGAUGUAUGUUACCAUGACACACAUGCUGCUGCCCUAGAACCAGUUGGAGAAAGCAAGUAUGUGUCUAUAGUACUUGAAUACUUUACUUAUGCUAAUGACAAGAUCAUUUAUGACAUUUUACUGUUCUUUAAAAGUGAAACGGUGUGUGUGAGAGUCCAGAUAAGGACGGCCUCUGAUCGAUGUCAAGGCCUCCAUUGUGCUGUUGCAACAACAGCAAUGGCAGUCAGCUGGCCGCUUUCUUCCCCAUUACUGCUCUAAAUGCAUUUGUCUUUAAAGAAAAUGAAAUGGUGUAUUACUAGUCAAUCCAUAUGUUUACCACAAACAGCUGGCAUAUUAAACAACUCUUUGCCACACUCUGAACGGUUAAUGAUUCUCGGCUUUCUACAAUCUGUUUUUGAUUUAAGAAACUGAAAGGUUUUCUUGGACUGGUUCAUUUCAGGUCUGUAGUUGCUAUUUGCUGUACCAUCUGACUUAAGUGUCAUCACCGUCUAUGUGCUGACCGCUCGCUGUCACUAUGAACCAGAACUGUGCAAGCAUAAUCCUGUGUGCAGGCCUUUCCCUCCAAGCAGUGGUCGGUCUGCUCCCUGCUGUUACCCGAGCCUGUGGUCCCACACGUCCACUGCUGUAUAAUGAUAUAAUGGUUCAUCUCACUGGUUGCUAAUUCCAAAGAGAAAAAAAUAAUGUCUGUACGCGGAGCUUUGUUGCAAUAUACUACACAAAUAAAUGUGAAAGAACACUGACACCA